UAAGUGUACUGUUUUUAGUUUGACUACCCAUGGAAAGCCGUGGUCCAAAUAUAAAUUUUGUUAAUCCGCCAAACUUUUAGCUUAAACCAACCAUAUACUAUAGGAUCAAACAGGACAGAUGACCCUCGCCUCGAUUCGAGAACAGACAGCGUUGCAAAGAGUAAAAGUAGUGAACAAGUUAAACAUGUAGUGUGGUAUGCUUGAAGCCUUGUCGUGGUGCCCAGUCUUCAUAUAGGCCUAAGUUUGUGAGACCCUAAUCGCCUUUGGGUGAAGUCGUGGCUGUAUGAUGUGGUUGGUGGUUUGUCCGUCACAGUAACACAUCUUUAAGCGGUACGGCUCCGAUCGUAUAGAGGGACGAGGUACUAAAUUCCCAGCCAGUUCUGAGACGGCUUAGAUAAGUCAGAGCCUCACGAGGAAGAUCGCAUCCUGUGGUCACCUGAAAGAGUGUUUUUAUAAUAUCAUGGAGUUUUAUUGAAAAUCCCGACCAUGUUCGCUUCAAGAAACUUCGUGAAUGUUGUACGUUUGCAGAGGAUUACAGAGCCUGUUUUCGAACAAAAAUGGACCGCAGGCUACUUACUGGAUAUUUUAUUGGCUUUUGAAAUCUUAAGCACCGUGUCAUUUUCGUUCCUGUGACGAUUUUUCUCAAUUUUACAAUCGAUAUUUUUUCUGUUGAUACUUCAAUACGUUACAUAAUAAUUUAUCGAGGCAUUUCGAUUCGGAGAAAGAAAAAUCGUAAAUUUCUUUUGGCGCCUGUUUGCUGUUUAGUAGUCUUAGACGCGGUCGUCUCAACCAAUCAGUUAAUAGACGUUCAAAUCACUUGAGCGACGAGAAGUGAAUUUAAAGACGCGUUGCAGAUGAGUUCCAGCAGAGGUUAUCGUGGACCACGCUUUAUUGAAAUGGACCAGGCGGAGACUUACGCCGGUCUGGGAUAUAGCCCACCUAGAUUCAUGCAUUCGGGACAGGGAAUAAACAACUUUCCGAACAGCAAAAAAACCAAUUCUAACAACUCGAUAUAUAGCCUGAAAUUGAGGAACAGUAACGAAUACUUAAAAGGAAAUGAGAGCGAAGAGCAUGAAAAGGUGUCCUUUAUAAAAUGGGCGGAGGAGGUUAGUGACUGUCAUGGCUUAAAACAUGUUUUCAAGCUCGAAUCCUCGAUUCUUCGCCGAGGAAUAUGGUUCCUAUUUUGGGUUGCCAUGCUCUGUCUUCUCUUUUAUCAGUGUUACUUGACAAUGGAUGCUUACAUAGAACACGAACAUAUUACUAAGUUCGACGUCGAGUACGAGGACAGGCUUCUUUUCCCUGCUGUUACUAUUUGUAACCUUAAUAUGUACAAACUUUCGGCAAUAACUGAAGAGGACAUUUACUUCAUAGGAGAACCACUGGGAAUAAUUGAUGCGAAUCGCAAUUUGUUAAAAUCCGAGGUCUAUCCAGAAAGGUUUCGGGAGCUUGUGAAUAAAACGGACUGGGAGAAGUUCGAAAAAGAAGAAAAGAAAGAAGAUUUUAACAUGACAGAGUUCGUGCGCAGAACUAGCUUUCAACUAAGUGAGAUAUUACUAUAUUGCAAUUUUCAUGGAGAAGAGUGCGGAGAACAAGAUUUUGAUCACGUGUUCACUCAUCUUGGGAAUUGUUAUACAUUCAAUAAAUACAGGAACGAUUCGUCAUUAAAAUAUUCUAAGAGAGCUGGUGCGGCCGAUGGUUUGACGGUAACUUUAGAUGUUGAUACUGCUGACUACACUCCAAUAAGCGAAGGUUCACAGGUGCCGUCGGAUGUUGGAGUGAAAGUACAGCUUCACAACGCCACGGAACCACCAUACGUCUACGAACAAGGAGAAACGGUCAUGCCGGGGACACACACUCAGAUAGGCUUCGUUAGAGAAGAGGUAAUUGCAUUGCCGGCUCCAUUUGGAACUUGUCACGAUCUUGGCGUGACGAAAUACGGCUACUUCGAACACUACAGUUAUUCAGGCUGCCGAAUUGAAUGUGAAACUGAGGCAGUCUUCGAGAAGUGUGGCUGUAGACUUGUAGAGCAACCAAGUAAAGGAGGUACUGUUCCAGUCUGCUCUAUAGAAAAGUACGAAUGCGCGGUUCAACAACUAGAUAACUAUACGUAUGGUCACACGGAUUUCGAAUGUGAUUGUCGACUUCCGUGUUCCUCAGUGAUCUAUCCGCUUACAUUGUCGUCUGCCAGGCUCAAUCCCCGGUUUAUGAAGUACCAGCUACAAACGCUCCCAUCGGAGUACAAUACCUCCAAAAAGUACGGAGAUAACUAUACGUAUGGUCACACGGAUUUCGAAUGUGAUUGUCGACUUCCGUGUUCCUCAGUGAUCUAUCCGCUUACAUUGUCGUCUGCCAGGCUCAACCCCCGGUUUAUGAAGUACCAGAUAAAAACGUUCCCACCGCGGGAGUACAAUACCUCAAAAAUCACGGAGGAGUACGUACAAAAUAACAUAAUGAAGGUUAGUGUGUACUACAAUCAGCUGAGCUAUCAACGGGUUCUUCAGGUGGCUUCCCUCGACUUUUUCACUCUGCUUUCUCAAAUCGGCGGCAGUAUGGGAUUGUGUGUUGGUGCUAGUUUACUCACCAUAGUUCAAAUGGUCGACUUUUGUUUUGAUGUAAUUAAGGAGAAGGUUAGAGGUCGAAUCAUAAGGAAACGUCAAAACAUGGAGGACUUAUGACAUCAGAUGGAAAACAUCGAGCUAUACUUAAGAAAGUGACUUGUAAUGGCGCAUAAAAUAUACGGCGAAAUUGUCAAAGUGCCCCAAAUGUCGUUGUGUAGCAUAGUGACGUUGUGAGACUCGUACGCAAGUAUGUCGAUUGUCGUGUGCCCCUUGUGUUAAUCUUUGGAAACGUUUUAAAUAUAAAUAGGAUUUAAACGAUUUAGAAGCAUUACAACGGACUUUUCAAGAUGGGGUAUAUAAUCAAAAAGCGAGUGAAAUGGUCGGUAUUUGGAACACGAAGGACUUCCCAUUAAGUAAUGUGGUUUAUUUAAAGCAUUUACUUUUGAUGAAAGCAAUAACAAGUGACCAUUUCAUUUGGAUACUCGCGAUUGUCUUUUAUCUGCUGCCACCGACGGUUGCUGAUGAAUGUAUGUGAACGCUGUAACACAAUAUCCAUUACAAUGCUCGAUGUUUUCAUAAAGAAUUAGUUAUAAGUUCGAAAAAAAAAAGAAACGAACGCUUUUUUCAGUGUCAUUUUUGUUAGAGAAAAAAACUUAAACACGAAAGUCAAUAUUCUAAUGAAUACAUGGAUACGCAUAUAAACAUUAAUGCAAACUCAUGUCUUUAGAAGAAAUUUCAUUUGUGUGCUAUGUAUUUAUGUUUAUAUAAUUUUAAUUUUAUUUAUUGUAAUUUCAUUGUAGAUCCCAUAUAUUUGAAAACAUAUUUCUUGCAGGUUUAUACAUUUACCUACCAUAAUAUGUAUGUAUGUAGACCUAUAUGG